GCCCCGUGCGCGGCGCCUGUGAUUGGCUGAGCGGUACGGGAGAAGGAGGCGUGGUCUGUUGGGGAAGACGCGCCAUUUUACCAGCAUAGUGCAGUGGCUGCUUGUUGCAGCCUUUGUGGACUCGGAACUAGAACUCCCACCGUACUGAAGUCAUGAAAACCUAUAGACAGAGGGAGAAGCAGGGAAACAAGACACAAGAAAGCACCAAGGCUCCGGAUGAAGCAAAGAUCAAGGCAUUACUGGAAAGAACUGGAUACAGUUUGGAUGUCACAACAGGACAAAGAAAAUAUGGUGGACCACCUCCAGAAUCUGUUUCUUCAUGUGCUCAACCAGGCAUCGGUACAGAGGUGUUUGUUGGAAAGAUACCAAGAGACUUGUAUGAGGAUGAGCUAGUCCCUCUGUUUGAGAAAGCAGGCCCUAUCUGGGAUCUUCGUCUUAUGAUGGAUCCUCUCUCUGGGCAAAACCGAGGUUAUGCUUUCAUCACUUUCUGCAACAAGGACGCAGCACAGGAGGCUGUCAAGUUGUGUGACAACUAUGAAAUACGUCCUGGGAAACAUAUUGGAGUUUGCAUCUCUGUUGCAAAUAAUAGGCUCUUUGUUGGAUCCAUCCCAAAAAAUAAAACUAAAGAAAAUAUUCUGGAAGAAUUUAGUAAAGUCACAGAGGGCCUGGUGGAUGUGAUUCUGUACCAUCAACCUGAUGAUAAGAAGAAGAACCGUGGAUUUUGUUUCUUGGAGUACGAGGACCACAAAACUGCAGCACAAGCCAGGCGGAGAUUAAUGAGUGGCAAAGUGAAGGUUUGGGGCAAUGUUGUAACUGUAGAGUGGGCAGAUCCAGUGGAGGAGCCGGACCCUGAAAUAAUGGCGAAGGUUAAAGUGCUUUUUGUAAGGAACUUGUCAUCCACAGUAACAGAGGAAAUUCUAGAUAAGGCUUUUUCAGUGUUUGGAAAGUUGGAGCGGGUGAAGAAACUGAAGGACUAUGCCUUUGUGCACUUUGAAGAGAGAGACUCUGCAGUUAGGGCAAUGGAUGAAAUGAAUGGAGCAGACCUUGAGGGUGAAGAAAUUGAAAUAGUACUAGCAAAACCCCCAGAUAAGAAGAGGAAAGAGCGCCAGGCUGCACGGCAGGCAUCCCGUGGUACUUUGUAUGAUGAUUAUUACUAUUAUCCCCCUCCUCGAAUGCCAUCUCUAGGCAGAGGCAGGGGCCGUGGAGGCAGAGGUGGCUAUUCAUAUCCGCAAGAUUAUUAUGGCUAUGAAGAUUACUAUGAUGAUUAUUACUCCUAUGAUUAUCAUGACUACCGUGGUGGCUACGAUGAUCCAUACUAUGGUUAUGAUGAUGCAUACCCUGUGCGUGGGCGAGGAGGAAGAGGUGGUAGAGGUGGGCCUCCACCACCUAGAGGCAGAUCAGCUCCUCCUCAGCGUGGAGGGCGCUCCAGUUAUGUACAAAGAGGUUCCCCCAUGGGCCCUCCUAGAGGAUCCAGAGGUGGAAGAGGUGGGCCUUCGCAGCAGUCCCGAGGUCGCAACUCUCGUAACCGUGGAAGUAGAGGUGGGAAUGUUGGUGGAAAAAGAAAGGCAGAUGGGUACAGCCAGCCAGACUCCAAGCGUCGCCAGACCAACAAUCAGCAGAAUUGGGGAACCCAGCCCAUAGCGCAACAGCCAUUACAGCAAGGUGGUGAUUAUACUGGUAACUAUGGUUACAGUAAUGACAACCAAGAGUUUUAUCAGGAUUCUUAUGGUCAGCAGUGGAAAUAGGAAAGGCAACACUUAGAAUGUUUGAUUUUUCAAACGACUACAUUUCCGUACACUCACACACACAGGCUUCAUCAGUUUCCUGUAAUUCUUGUACUUGUUUCUUUGCUAUAUUGUAAAUAGCUUUCAUAUUAUUUUUUCAUUAACAUUGGUGCACUCCAAUUAUGCUCUGGUACAGUCAUGGAAAUAUAAAUGGGGCUUUCACUUAGCAUUUAAGCCGUGGUGAGAACCAAGCUUGAAGGGAACUCUGUAAUACAAUACUAUUGUUCCAAUGGUUCCUUUUUGUUCCAGAUGUUACCAUUUUGGCUUAUGUUUCUUGAUUCUAGAUUGUGAUUCUAUGGUUUCUCCACCCUUGGCAGUUAAUUUGAUUUAUGUUUUAGUUGCCCGUAACAUAGCAGAUACUGUUGUUUUUAUUGUAUUGAUUUUUUUUUUUUUUUUUUUUUUUUUAUAUUGGCGUAUAAGGUGAAGAAGAUUUUAGGUUAGGACAAAGUAAUUUGUGCAGAAAUGCAGGAUUACUGGCAAUAUUUCCUUUACCUUUUAAUGUAUCUGCAGUAGCAUUCUUUUGUACAUAAAUGUAAACAGUAUUUGAAGUCUUUAGUAAUUUUAAAAGUCGUCUUUAUAAUUAAACAUUUUAGGAUUUUGUGUAUUUGCUGUUAUGACUUUCUAGGCUUAGUUAAUUUGUAUUUUUAUUGUUAUAAUUUCACAUUUUUUGGAAGGGAAAAAGAUGCCCUACCAAAUUGUUUCGCUUUGGCUCAUGAAGCCUCUGCAAAAUGUUCUGUGAUUGUAUUUUCCCGUUUACUUGUUCAUGUGCAAUUUCAAUAAAACUCUUCACAAAAAAAAAAAAUUAUAAUAAAAUUCAAAAUUCAACUGCAAACAACCUCAUCCUUUUCCAAACUUGGUUGUAUCCUAUUAAAAAGAGCAAAAGAAAAAAAAAAA